GACAACAGUGACAACGGUGACAACAGUGACAACUGUGGCAAUGGUGAAAACAGCGACAACGGUGACAACGGUGACAACAGUGACAACAGUGACAACGGUGACACUGGUGAGAACAGUGACAACGGUGACAACAGUGACAACUGUGACAAUGGUGAAAACAGUGACAACGGUGACAACAGUGACAACAGUGACAACGGUGACAACCGUGACAACCAUGACAACAGUGACAAAAGCGACAAUGGUGACAAAAGUGACAACGGUGACAACGGUGACAACAGUGACAACGGUGACAAUGGUGAAAACAGUGACAACGGUGACAACGGUGACAACAGUGACAACCGUGACAACAGCGACAACGGUGAAAACAGUGACAACGGUGACAAUGGUCAGAACAGUGACAACUGUGACAGUUGUAACAACAGCGACAACGGUGACACCACUGACAACAGUGACAACUGUGACAACUGCGACAAUGGUGACAACGGUGACAACAGUGAGAACGGUGACAACCGUGACAACAGAGACAACGGUGACAACAGUGAUAAUAGUGACAACAGUGACAACGGUGACAACCGCCACAACAGCGACAACCGUGACAACAUUGAAAACAGUGACAACAUUGACAACGGUGACAACAGUGACAACUGUGACAACAGCGACAACGGUGACAACAGUGACAACGGUGACAACCAUGACAACAGUGACAACGGUGACAACAGUGACAACUGUGACAAUGGUGACAACAGCGAGAACGGUGACA